GGCAAGUGAUGCAUAAUAGACUUCAAACUGCAAAGAGCAUAGAUGAGGUUAUCCAACACCAUGAAUUUUUCCUUGACAAGUGUUUGAGGGGAUGCUUGCUUCUUUUGCCUGAAUUUCUCAAGAAGGUGGAGAGGCUGAAAUCACUUUGUCUACAAUAUGCAGCUGCAACUCAGUGGUUGAUAUCAUCUUCUAUUGAUGUUCCCAGCCUUGUCGAGUCUGAUGGUUCACUUGUGUCAGAAAAACCCAGGCAAUCGAAAUCACGGCGUCCAUAUCAGCCAUUAAAAUUAAGCUCCAGCAAUAAAACUGUUGCUGAUUCUAUUCUCAAAUUCGAGAGGGAGUUCAAUGCAGAGCUUCAGAGCCUGGGACCAAUAUUGAACAGUAGCUCCAAAGCAGAACCAUAUAUGACUCAUCUUUCGAAGUGCAUCUUAGGCAUUGGAAACGAACAAUGAAUUCUGGCUUCUUUUCUGUUACUUUGGUUUCAAGAGGUCACGGUUUGUGAAAAUGUUUUCCUGCUGUUGUGCUAGGCUUGUGGUUCGUAGCAUGCCAAGAAUGUCUAAAGUUUAGGUACUUGUUAGAGAAUUUUGAGUUGGUGCUGUGUACUGGGGAAAUUCUGUUUUUUUUUUGUUUUUUGUUCUAUUGAUUUUUGUUUUGGGGGUGGACGGUGGGUGUUUAGAUUCGUUGUUAAUUUCUGGCAAAGAUUAACCAUGAUAUACAAUGUAAUCCCCUGAAUUUUAAUUUCAUUAUCUGUAUCAUCAG